AGCUGAUGGAUGUUUUCUCAUUGAUUUCCAGUGUCCAGCAUGUUCUACACCUGCGGUCCCAACGAGGCGAUGGUGGUGUCGGGGUUUUGUCGUUCUCCUCCAGUGAUGGUCGCUGGAGGUCGGGUGUUUGUCAUCCCAUGUGUUCAGCAGAUACAGAGGAUUUCCCUGAACACCCUGACUCUGAACGUGAAGAGCGAUAAGGUCUACACCCGCCAUGGCGUUCCCAUCUCUGUCACUGGCAUCGCUCAGAUGAAGAUUCAGGGGCAGAACAAGCAGAUGCUGGCCGCGGCCUGCCAGAUGUUCAUGGGGAAGUCGGAGCCCGAGAUCGCUCAGAUCGCCCUGGAGACGCUGGAAGGUCACCAGCGAGCCAUCAUCGCCCACCUGACUGUGGAGGAGAUCUACAAAGACCGCAAGAAGUUCUCCGAGCAGGUCUUCAAGGUGGCCUCGUCGGACCUGGUCAACAUGGGCAUCAGCGUGGUCAGCUACACCCUCAAAGACGUCCACGACGACCAGGACUACCUGCACUCGCUGGGGAAGGCUCGGACGGCCCAGGUCCAGAAGGACGCCCGCAUCGGAGAGGCUCAGAACAAGAGAGACGCCGUGAUCAGGGAAGCCCACGCCAUGCAGGAGAAGAUCUCUGCUCAGUACAAGAAUGAGAUCGACAUGGCGAAGGCGCAGAGGGACUACGAGCUGAAGAAGGCGGCCUACGACAUCGAGGUCAACACCAAGAAGGCGGAGUCGGAGAUGGCCUACCAGCUGCAGGUGGCGAAGACCAAGCAGCGCAUCGAGGAGGAGAAGAUGCAGGUGCAGGUGGUGGAGCGGAUGCAGCAGAUCACGCUGCAGGAGCAGGAGAUCACCCGCAGGGAGAAGGAGCUGGAGGCCAAGGUGAAGAAGCCCGCCGAGGCCGAGCGCUACCGCCUGGAGAAGCUGGCCGAGGCUCAGCGCCUGAAGCUGAUCAUGGAGGCGGAGGCGGAGGCCGAGUCCAUCAGGGUCAAAGGGGAGGCCGAGGCCUUCGCCGUGGAGGCCAAAGGUCGCGCUGAGGCCGAGCAGAUGGCCAAGAAGGCCGAGGCCUUCCAGGAGUACAAAGACGGAGCCAUGGUGGACAUGCUGCUGGAGAAGCUGCCUCUGAUGGCCGAGGAGAUCAGCAAGCCUCUGUGCAAAGCUCAGAAAGUGACCAUGGUGUCCAGCGGCGGGGCCGAGGUGGGCGCCGCCAAGCUGUCUGGAGAGGUGCUGGACAUCAUGACCCGCCUGCCCGACGCCGUGGAGAAACUCACCGGGGUCAACAUCUCCCAGGUGGCUUCUCGAACCGGCUGAGGAGAGCCAGCAGAGCGAUGUCCAGACAUGUCUGUGUCCUCUGAAGCCUGGACUUCCCUGCAUGUGUCUCCCUCCGCAGCCUCCUCCUUCCUUCAGCCCCUCCUCUGUCCAGCUGUGUUCCAGCUGUUUACUGCUGUUGUGAAAAUCCUUUCCUCCUCUUUCUUCAGCAGCUGUGUGUGUGUGUGUGUGUGU